GAUUGACUGCCAUCACUAUUUUCAUGGAUCCCCAGGUCCAUAGUUGAAAAGCCAGUGUGCUUGUGUUUUGGCCAAAAUGGAAAAUGUCACCAUCAUAACAGUCUGUUGUUAGCAUGCCAGUUCACCUCUUAAAAGUGCUGCAGUAGUGAAGACUAGAAAACCUCCUCCUUAUGAUGCAAAUUGAAGGUGGAAGUCAAUUUUCAAAGACUACAAGUUCUUUGGAGUGGAUACCUGGAGGUGGACUGUUUGCCAGCUGGCUGAGUUUUCAUCUGAAUAAUUGGACAACCAAUUAAUGUUAGUCCUAUAUCACAAAUUCUAGCUAGAACCACAGAUGUAUUUGUGAGCCUCUAUAUCAGUGUCUAGUAGUCAGGAUUCCCAGUGAUUCCCAGUGAUGUUUUGAGUAAUGCAUGCUGGGUACUGCAGUGAGAGAAUAUUGUAGAACGAAAAGGAUACAGAGUGAUAAACUGUCAAACCAAUGAGGCAAAGUUAUGCAAUACUCCACUACAGAACAUAACGAAUAACAAAUGCUUGGAGGCAGAAUGCUCCUUUAAGUGCUGAAUACAAAAAGACAGUUGUCCACUGGGGGGCAUAUCAGUGAGGCAAUAUUCACCCGUCAUGCUGACAUUUUGCCUUUCAACAGUAAACUUGACUGACCAGUCCAGGCAGAGUGUUGAAGGAUUGCAUGUUUGACGUUAUGCUCUUCAAAGGAGUAAAAGUUACGAGUGACGUGGUUUGUAUGCUGCUGAACAGGUUUUGUGCUGCAACAUGUCAAAAUUUAGCACUCGUUGGUAGUGAACUCUGGAAGUAAGCAAUGCUUGUAAAGUUAUUCCAUUAGCCCCAAAAGGAAAAGCCACAGGUUUCUGAAAUAAAACGGCAUAGUGGCACAAAAGGAAAUAAAAAAAGGGAAGACGGAUAGACAGACAGGAGGAAUGUCACUCGGAGAGAAUCCCAGGCCCAAACGUCCAGCUCGUCCACGAGCCCCUGACCCAUUCACAAUACAGCCCUCGCGACCUGCACCCCCACCUCCAACAGCUUUACAAUCCAAAACACCCAGUCCACCAUCGGAGUACCCAAUCACCCCUCUGUAUACAAGUGUCCUACCUGCUGAGGUUAUAACUCCUGCCAGGCCUGCACCUCCAGUACCAAGAAGACCCGUCCUUAGCAGAGAACAGUGCUUCUCUCAGAGCACAGAGACAGAGGACUGUACCACGCCACAAAACCCCCUGCCUGCCCUUCGUCGUCCUCCCGCUCCUCCUCGUCCUGUUGCCCCACUUCGUCCAGGAGUGGUACAACCCAGAAGACCCAUCCUGUCACAGUCUCUCUCAGAACAGCCUGAUGAGCACAUAUAUGAAUAUAUCCCAGAUGUGCUUCCAGACACUCCAGAGGAUGAAGGGGUUAAUGGAGAGAGAGGUGUGUGUGCAGCAGAAAGGAAGCCUCUCACUCCUCAUCCACUGCGCUCACUGAGUGAACAGUCAAGCGUGGAUGGAGACAGCAGUGCAAAGGAGCUGGACAUUCUCCUGGAAUGGUGGAGAAGUGUGGAAGGGUGGGAGGAGCUGCAAAUGGGCCAUCGAAGACAGGAACCUGAAACAAAAUUGAUGUUAGUGGCCCAACGGGUGAAGACGGGCAUGCGUCUGUACCAGCUGCUCGUGUUUCAGCAUGGUAAAAUCUUGCUGAACCACAUCACUGAGCUGCACUGCACCGCAGACAGUCUGAGCAGAGUGGGCAAGAACACGCGGAUUGCAGGAAUCACAGGGGGCACCACAGGGGCAGUGGGUGUGGCGGCAGUGGUGGCAGGCGUAGCUCUAGCACCCUUCACCUUUGGGGCAUCUAUGGUGGCAGCCGGAAUCGGCGUUGGCGUGGCGGCCGCUGGAGGAGUGACCGGGGCAUCAGCUGCCAUCACCAGCAAAGUUAAAAGCAGCCAGGUCAGAAGCAAAGUGGAGAGAAUCCUUAAAAACUACAGGUUCCACAUGGAGGAUAUCAUAGAGUGCCUGGGGUUUAUUGACAUGGGGAUGGAGUACAUUAGAAAGCUCAGUCACUCCAGGCUGAAGCAUCUGGACCCUUGUACUUUGAAAAUAGUCCAAAUGGCCGUAGAGAUGGGCAGCUUUUGUUCCACAGAUGCCAUUGGCGAAUAUUCUUGCAUACUGCAGGGAUUUGCAUCUGGGCUGGAUUCCUACUUCAGUGAAGAGGACAAGCUGAAACUGAAGAAAGGUUCUGAAAGCCAGUUUGCAGACAACAUCAGGGAGGUGGCUGACAAGCUUAAAGAGAGCAUGGACGAACUCAUCCGCAUUAAAAACCUGUUUCGCUCAAUAGUUGAUCAUGUUUGAUUAAAUGGACCACAUUUUGUAUAAUAUUGCAAAGCAUGGCAAUAAUGUCCAUAUUGACUUCCACUAAUUCAGUGUUUCUCAAUAGUGCAUUUAAACACAGAUCUUAUGAUCAUCCUUUCGUAAAUACUUUAUAAACUCCAAAAAAGAUUGGACAGUCUGAGAAAUGCCAAAAAAGAAAGCAGUUCUAAGUAAAUUAUUGUAUAUA